AUGUACUAAACUGAAACUAAGUCAUCCCUUUAUGCAUCGAAAUUAAUCUAAUAAACAAAUUAUUCAGCUCUAUCAUCAUUACCCAAAACAUAUAUUAGAUAAGUAUAAGCAGAAGGUAAGAUAGAUUUAGCUAAUCGUUUAGGGGAAAUAUUUAUGGCAGCUCCAUAAAAAUGUGCAAAUAUAUGGAAAGAGUUUAGAAGAAAUGAUUUUACAUAAGUUUAAAUACCAUAUAAGACAGCUAUUUAAGUUUUUGAUGCUUGUAAAGAAGACUUUUAAAUGAUGUUAAAGAUUUCUAGUGGAAAGGAUUUCUUUGAUUUGUUUGAUUAAGACAAUGAUGGGUAAUGGGAUCAUGUUAUAUUUUAGGUUUCUGAAUGAAGAUGAGUAAAUAUUAGUAUUUAGCAUCAUAAAAGAAAAAAUGCAAUAAGUUGCAAAUCUAUUGUUAUAAAUAUAAUAAUAUGUUCCUUUCAAAUAAUUGAUGAAAGCCAUAAGAACAUUAGAAUAAAAUAUUCGUGAAUAUUAAGAUAUUCUUAGAUAAAAGAUUUAUAAAUCUGAAGUUUCAACAUAUAAAGAGAUAGGAUUAGAAAAAUUGGAUNUACAAAUCAAGAUUCAAAUGACAUUACUAGUUUCUUAAAUAAAAUCAAUCCUAAUUUAUAACGACAAAUGA